UUUACGACAGUGUUCUCGCGACGAGCAGCGGUACGAAAAUUUCUGUCUGCUGUGAAAGUUUUAAAUUUGUGUAAAUUUUUCCCCAACUAGGGGCCUGUUCCAAAGAUCUUGUAGGUCGUCCGCUCUGGAAAUUGUAUCAAUUUCACUUGUUUUCAAACCAAAGAAGGGGAUAGUCCAAGCGAAAAAAAUAACUUCUUGCCUAUCUGCUAGUGCGUGUGUAAUUACUAUUAUUCGUAUUAUUUUGCCGUAUUAAGCUCAUUUAGCUACGGUGCUUCGUGUAACCCUGUCUGAUCGCGCGAUUGGUAAGACAUUAUCGGUGUAUGCAAAAAAAAAAAACCUGGUUGAUGUACAAAAGGCAAUAAUGAGCAAGCAGUUCUGAAGUGCGGCAUCGUCAUAAAUCCAGCAACUUCGUCGACGAUUGACCUCUGAUCGUUGUUGGGUAAAAAAAGAAGAGGAGUAAUUUUGUUGCUUUGGUCAUCGUCAAUAGGGGGCAAACAGCAUAAGAGAAGGACAAACCCAGCCGGAAGCAUUAUGGCUCAAUCGAAACCACUGACGGAGGUUUUCAGCUACCUGUCCUGGGUGCACGCCGUGUCCGGCGCUACGGGCAGCGUUAUUGCCAUGUCUGCGUUCUAUCCACUGGACACGGUGCGUUCUCGACUUCAAUUGGAAGAACCAGAACGUCGCAAGGCGCUGAGCACGUGGGCCAUCCUCAAACAGCUGGUAGCGGAGGAGGGCUUCGGCACGCUCUACCGAGGCAUGGUGCCAGUUCUUGAAAGCCUGUGCAUCUCCAACUUUGUCUACUUCUACACAUUCCACAGCCUGAAAGCCCUCCGUGGAUCCAUCACCGGGGGCAGUCAAUCGGCGCUGGCGGAUCUCCUGCUAGGAUCGUUGGCCGGCAUUGUGAAUGUCUUCUCAACCACACCGUGCUGGGUUGUCAACACCCGCCUGAAGAUGAAAGGCCUGGGUCAUCGAGUCAAGGAUAACACUAUGCACUAUGAUAACCUGCUGGAUGGGCUGAUCCACAUUGGACGAACGGAAGGUGCCAAAGGCCUCUGGGCUGGAGCCGUGCCUUCUCUCAUCCUAGUAAUCAACCCAGCCAUCCAGUUCAUGGUGUACGAAUCGCUCAAAAGGCGCAUGAUAUCCGAUCCGAAUCAUGCUUCUUCGGCGGCCUUCUUUGCCAUCGGAGCCAUCGCCAAGGCAAUAGCCACGGUGCUCACCUAUCCUCUGCAGCUGAUCCAGACCAAGCUGCGGCACGGCAAUUUAGACAAAAACCUGGACCUGCCUCCCGACACCGACAUGGUGCAGAUGUUGCUGAUCAUCCUGAAAAAACAAGGUGCGGUCGGGUUGUUCCGAGGGCUGGAAGCCAAACUGCUCCAAACGGUGCUCACGGCGGCACUGAUGUUCAUGACAUACGAGAAGAUAGCUCGGUUUGUUACGACCGUGCUGAUUCGAGGAAAGAAGUGAUAAUUAUCAUCGCAUGUUAUUCGAAUUCUAAUUUAAACACACGUGUAUUUACGGUGGAUUAGGGUAUGUUUGAUCGUUGGUCUCGGUUUCUUUCCAUGGCAUUUAUAGGCACAUUUGAGCACCUCCAAUCUAGUCCUACACAUUCCAGUUCAUAAAACUGAUCACAUUCUCGUUUAUUGGUUCUUCUAUUUAUCUAAGCCGUGUUCUCUUCAAAGAUUGACUCUCUUGGCGAAGAAAAAAAAAGGGGUGAUGAGUUGAGCACGCAGAUCCCCGUUGUACCUCAAAGGCCAAAAAUGGGUAGGUUAUUGAAAUUUGUAUUAUUGGUAUGGUUUUUUUUUUUUCUAAUUUAAAACAUUGACGUAGUACCUUCAAAAUAGCUUCAUGUUAAGUGCGUAGUCAAAGGUGAGAUAAUGGAUUGUGUCAAUCGACGAAUAUGACUAUUACAUGUCAGUUGAUUAAUGAAAUA